UCUCGAAAUGUAAGCUCUAGUACCAAAAAGAUUCAGUUUCGUAUUAUGGUUGGAUCGUAUGAACACAAUUUGUUAUGUGUUUCUGUCAUUUUGGAUGCUGCUGCAGAAAAAGAAGCUGUUUUUCAACCAAUUUUCCAUUUUCAAGCACAUGCCCUUUCCAUCAAAUCCAUGGAUAUUGCCAAGCGAUACCUUGUUACCGGAUCCAAUGAUGAGCAUAUAAGAAUAUACGAUCUUCAGAAGAGAAAAGAAUUGGGUCAUUUGUUGAGUCAUGAAGGUACGAUUACCACUCUUAAAUUUUCUAAAGAAGUCUCAGUAGACCAUCCUGAAUUCGCAGAGAAAUCUGGCAAGUGGCUUUUGUCUGGAUCUGAAGAUGGCAAGAUCAUCAUAUGGAGAACCAAAGACUGGGAAACGUUUGGAACCUUGAAGGGACAUACCGGUAAAGUAAAUGACUUGGCUAUACACCCCAGUGGCAGAGUAGCAAUUUCCGUCUCACAGGAUAAGACUAUCAGGUUGUGGAACUUGAUGACGGCUAAGAAAGCAGCAGUUCUCAAGAUCAAGGGUAAGGAUCAUUUGGGCCAGAGUGGAGAUUUUGUAAGAUGGUCUGUAGACGGAAAAUAUUUCCUUGUCGGGUUAUUGAACCAGAUCUUGGUUUACAAUACUUCCUCAGCUAAAAUUGUUAAGAAAAUCUCGUUCAAGUCGACGUUGAUGACAUUAGACAUAGUAAGAAUAGAAGGAAAGGAAUGGCUUGUCACAGGUCACGGUGAUGGUACCAUUGAUUUCUUUGACUUCGAGCAACAAGUAUUAGCAUCUAUUGUAGAAAAUGAAGAAGAGUCAAAAGUGUGGGACUCCAAGGCCGAGAAGUUGACUGCUGAUUUCAUAUUAAGGGGCCAUACUAACCGUAUCAAAGGCUUUACUUUCUAUAGCCAUCCUCAGGAAACUGGAGGAAUUCCUCUUCUCAUUUCUGUUUCAUCCGAUGGAAAGAUUGUAAUCUGGAAUCUUUCUGAAAAUGUUAGAGACCAAGUUGCUGUCUACGACACCGGUGAAAGAUUAAACUGUGUAGCAGCAUGUUCUGAAAAUGUGGAAAAGGUGGAUUCCAUGAAGAGACGUUUCAAUAGCAUGGGCGAACUCAAGGGCGAAGAGGUAGACGGUGCCAUCAGCGAAUCAGAGUACGAAACUGAUGGAGAAGAAAUCAAAAAGAUCAUGUUGAAGGGCAAGAAAAAGGGCAACAAGAAGAGAAAGGUUAAAGUUACGUUGGAAUAA